CCCCACCCCCCUCCUCGCCCGCCCGACGCGCGCCACGCCCGGGCGCCGCGCGCGCGCGAUGGGGCGCGCGGGGCUGGCGGCACGCCGCUCGCAGGGCGGCACGCGCUGAGGUCGCCGAGCGCUGCGGAGGGCCCUGGCGCCAGGCGGCGGCGGGAGGCACUCCGAAGGGUUCGGCAGCCGGGCGGCGGGGAGAUGCUGCCGCAGCUCUCCGACGCGUGCGCGGCCGAGCGCCCCGCGGCGUCCGGGCCCGCCAGCGCGCGGGGCUCUGCGCGGCUGGGCGCCGCCGCCGCCGCGACGUGGCCCUCGAGCGCCCGUGGGGCGUGGCGGGAGGCGCCAGGCGCUGCGGCGGAGGCGGGGCACAGCACCGUGAAGCGGCUGACCCUGGGCGUGCGGCUCAGCCCGCGGAGGAAGCGCGGCGCCUGCGCGGCCCUGGCGGGCAGCCGGGCGCCGGCCGCGGGCGCCGAUGGCGAGCCCGGCUCGGGAGGAGAGGCCGAGCUGCCCCUGGCGGGCAGCGACGGCGAGCGGACGAAGCUGCACUCCGCGCUGCCGGGGCCGCCGGCCGACGCGGGCCCGCGGCGCCUCGCCGGCAGUUCCUCGCCGGAGGAGCCACUGGCGAGCAGCAGCGGCGCCUCCCUGCUGGAGGCGCUGGGCGCCGCGCCGGAGGUGCUGGACCUCAAGAAGCGGCUGGCGAGCAUGGAGCAGCAGUACACGGACGCCAAGUCUCAGCUGGAAGCCAGCCGGCAGAAUCACUAUUUGGCCCUGCGGGGCGCCGCCGCGCACGAGGAGGCCGGGCAGAUGCGGCCCGUGCGGAAGCCGGCGGCGCCCGCGCUGGUGUGCCAGAACGCACGCCCCGAGUCGCAGAGCGCCCGCCCUGAGUCGCAGAGCUCCCGCCCCGCGUCGCAGAGCGUCCGCCGCGCGUCGCAGAGUGUGCCGCAGAGGGGCCGCGCACAGAGGCCAGACACUAGCGGCCUGCCCCCCAGCCUGGACCCGACGAGGACAAUCUUCUGCCUGAAGCGCCAGCUCGCCCAGUGCCAGCAGGAGCUGCGCCAGAGUCAGGCCGAGUGCCGAGAGCAGCGCCAGCAGCUGGAGUACCGCAACCUCCACCUCCACAACGUCCUGGAGCUCCAGCAGCGCGACAAGGAGCUGCAGGACCUCCGGCGGGAGAUGCAGCAGCUGCGGCGCCAGCACGAGCUCGAGCUGUACGAGCUGCGGCAACAGCUGAAGCAGCAGCUGAGGCAGGGUUGCGCCCAGGGGCCGGCGGCUGGCGACGCCGCGGCCAGGUUCAGGCUGGUGGCGCGCGAGGCAGCAGCACAGGUGGAGGAGGCAGCCCAGAAGGAGGUGCGCUUUGCGAGCGACGGCGACGACGCCAAUCCUCUGGGAGCCCUCGGAGCGUUCAGCAAUCAGCUGACUGUCGAGGAAGAGGAGGACGAGGAGGAGGACGGCGAGAAGGCCGAGGAGGCCGAGGAGGGCGAUGGCAGUGCGGAGGGAAAGUCGGCGUGGUCCAAGGUCGCCUCGGGCAAGAUGCGCGGGCAGCUGCGGGGCAAGAGGUCCAUGGGGGACCUGCAGGCCUCGGAGACGGCCAUCCUGGAGCGCGGGCUGAGCUCGCUGAGGGCGCGCUGGGAGCAGGCAAGCCAGGCGCAACAGCUGGAGGAGCCCGCGAGCCACACGACCCAGCGCUUCAUCGAGGGGAUGGAGGCCUCCCUGCGGGACAUGGAGUUCAGACAGCGGGUAACAGAGCUUAUGGACAUGCGGAGUCCUGACGAGGAAGAGGGGAAAGAAGCGGACGAUGUCGGCGCGAGCAUGGCUUUGCAGUACGACGAGGCGUUCGAGAACGCUGGAGGCCAGGAGAAGGCGGAGCCCUUCUUCGACCCCGUCAAUAAGCUGUGCCGGCGGCUGCUCCAGGAGAGGCCUGACGAGCGGGGAAGGCAGGAUUGCGGUUACGAGAUCCUCGGCAUGAGCGCGUUGUACAACGCCACGGCGAAGGCGCGGCCGAAGCUCAUGCGCGAGGUCAGGCGGAUCGCGGCAAUGGGCGGCGGGUACGCGAUGUGCCCGGACUUGAAGGGGCGCGACCGGGCGCGGGCGAAGGCGCUCACAAAGUACGGCAACGACACCGCUUGCCUGACCGACUUGAUGCGCGCCUCUAUCGUCUACCCCAACAUUGAGUCGAUGUACGAGUCGUUCAUCACCAUCCUCAGUGAUGAUCUGGAGAGGUAUCGGCACGACUGGCACCUCGUCGAGUUCAACGACAGGUUCCAGAAUGUCCGGGACGGGUAUCGCGAUAUCAGCAUGUUGUUCAGGGCCGACGGCAUGGUCGGCGAGGUCCAGCUUCACGUCGACCAGAUCGUGAAUGCAAAGAAAGGCGGAGGCCACCGCCAGUACAAGAAGCAGCGCUUGGUGAACGAGCUGAUUUUCGAGGCAUGCGUGCUCAAUGACGAGGUGCAGGCGAUGAAGCUAGCGAUCGAAUUCCACUCCUGCGCCUCCACGGUCCGCGACAAGAACGGCCGUACCGCUCUCCACUACAGCUGCGGGCACUGCUCCGAGAACGCUGUCCGCGCGCUUCUCGUCAAUAAGGCGAACCCCUGGAAGCCCGACAACUGGGGCCUCUUGCCCUUCGAGCUGGCCAUGGUGGGCGGUCAUUUCGGGACGAUGGAGCUGGUGCUUGAGGCCAUGAAGCAGAAGCAACCCGAUGACCCGAAGCAGACGACCCGCUUGGUGGAAAAAGGCUUCCUGGUUUGGGUCGACCGCAAGAUCCACGACGACGGCAAGCGUCAGGCCAUGCAGCGGAAGGUCUUCAACCCUGCACUCGCGCUCAUCGAAGAGACGGCAAGUCGGCGGGAAUCGGCGGAAGGGAGCUGGAUGAGGGUCGGGAAGCUGUUGAUAGAGGUCAUAAUCGAGCACAGCGCGCAGAGCUACGUGGACUCGUGGUUCAUGAAGAACGCCGAGGCUGGCGACAUACCGAAGGUGUUCGCCGCGCUCGAGGCAGACUUCGACCCGAAGGUGAAGUGGGGCUCGCCCUCGGCGAUGGACAAAGCCAUUGAGGGCGGCCACGUGGAGCUCGUCACCAAGCUGGGAGAGUGGAUGAAGGCAAACCCCAGCGUGAAGUGCCUGCAGGUCAGCAGCAGGGAGAGCGUGCACUCGCAUCUGAAGCGCGCCGCGCAGCUCUACGACCCCGCCUACGCGACGGCCGCGCUGGCGGCGAAGGCGGACCCGGGCCACACGAAGGCGCGGGCGCCAGGGAAGCGGACGCCGUUGAUGGCCUUCGCUGCCGCGGGCGACCUGGGCAUGUGCAAGACGCUGGUGGAUGCCAACGCUCAGGCAGCCGGAUACGAUGCCCACGCGUGCAGCGUCCUGGACUACGCGCGCUCGCUGGGGCAGUCGCACGUGGAGGAGUACCUCAUGGAGCUGGAGUCGUUCACGGACAUGCCCUUCAAGAGCCGGGACGGGCCGCCCGACCUCGCGAUGUACAUCUACACCGCGGUGCAGGAUGGUUGUUGCGGGGCGAUCUCCCGCAUGUCCAGGGCGCUGACCGAGGCAGAGAAGGGCUCUUUCAAGCAAAGUACCGUCGCCGAGGUGCUCGAUUGCAGCUUCGGCCCCUUCCAGAUGUCAUUGCUGCACCUGGCGGUGCAGGCCGUCGGCUCCCUCAUCGGCGCCAGGCGCGAGGACGGCCCCGACCCCGCGGCGCAGUUCUGCCACGCGCUGCUGCUGGCGCGCGCGGACCCCACCAAGCAGAACGCCCGCGGGGAGUCCUCCCUGCACGCGGCGGCGUCGUUAGGCGACGAGCAUGUGCACGAGCUCAUGAUGCAGCAUGUGCCCAAAUCCACGGGCACGGAUAGUCCUUCGGCCCGAGAUACUGAGGAUCGGUACCAUGUUGGGACGCUGGCGAGGACGGUGAGACGAAAGCAGCUUCGAGAAGUCAUCAACAUGAAAGAUGGUGGCUUGUCGGCAAACAUGUCGCUCGUGAGGGCAACGUUCGAGAGCUUCCGGGCAAUGCUUGCGCUCCAGAGGAUGGAGGCCUCGUUCCAGGAGGCCCACCUGACAUGGGCCCAGCUCGUGCUGCAGGACCAGGACAGGGCGUCGUGGAGGGCUCGGUUGCAGGAGCGCAAAGAGCGGGACGAGGACGGGGACUCCUCCAACGGCAAGCUGCGAAGGCACAAGGGGGCGGCGCGCAAGACGACCGGGCGCCCCGAGGGCGCCUCCCGGGCGACCCGCACCCUGGCGCUCGACGCGGCGAAGCCGACGACGCCGGCGGACAGGCCACCGCCGAAGUGAGCACGGCCUCGCCUCGGGCACGGCCCGCGGUCGCCGAGGGCCACCAUUAAGUCGGGCCUGUCCCUCUACAGGAGGAAAAUUCAAAAAUAGUCCAAAAGAUAGGGAACAGGCCCAACUGAAGGCCACCGCGGCGGGCCCCAGGCCGCUCCAGCACCGGCCGCGCUUUUGAAGCGGCGGCCGUGCUGGCUGCUGCGACCCGGGCCACCACCGCCGUGAGCGGAGGGCGCCGUCGCGGCGCCUGGGUCUCUCGCUAGUUUUCCCGCCCGCUCCUGCGGGGGUCUGCACGCUGAUGGCCAGAGGCAGCGACCAUGUUCUGGCCUCCGACGCCUGGCAGGUCAGGUUAUGAAGCCCAGCCCAGCGAUAGCAGAUGCGUCUAUCGAAUUCUGACUUCGGAACGAAGGUGUCCUCCAAAUGCGCUGUCAACCGGCAAACCGGAAACGAAGCCGCGCAUGCUUUUUGUUCCUUUGUUUUUCCAUGUUGCGCUGUAGACUGAACCAGAGCGCUCUCCUGCGAAUUACUGCAGAGGGCAGGAAGCGCUGCUCGACCCCGCAUCUUGGAAA